GAGUGCCCCCGCUGCCCACGGACGAUUCCACGCAUUAUUCCACGGGGGACACUCCACAGACACGUGAGACGUCCACAACAUCUGUCCCCGUGAGCCCCACCGUGCCAGUUCAUGCCCACCCGAUAUUCAGCUCUUUGCUCCCUUACUAUACGCCCUGCCUCUCUCUCUUUCACCCCUUCCCCUCCAUCUCUGGCCUCCUAACUACUCCCGGGACCUCUGUGUUACACCCUAUUUCCGCAUGGGGUGUAUAAAUUCAAAGAAUUCUGUUGAGGUGCCAGGAAAGACGUGGCCCCCGAUGCCCGGCCCAGACACUGACACGCUGUAUGUCAGAGACCCAACGUCAACCAACCCAACGGGUAAACCCGAAGGUUUAUUAAGCGGUCCCGGAGAAGAUACAGUGACGCUGGUGGCCUUGUAUGACUACGACGGGGUACACCCAGGGGAUCUCACAUUUAGCAAAGGAGAUGAAUUUCAGCUAUUAGAAGAGUCGGGGGAGUGGUGGAGAGCACGCUUGAUACGCACUGGAGAAGAAGGUUUUAUUCCGAGUAAUUAUGUAGGACGUGUGAAUUCUCUGGAGUCAGAGGAAUGGUACUUCAGAGGUGUCGGUCGGAAGGAAGCUGAGAGGCAACUUAUGUCUCCUGAGAAUAAGAGCGGUGCUUUCAUGAUUCGAGACAGCGAGACAAUGAAAGGCUGUUAUUCCCUCUCCGUUAAAGACUCUUCUCCUGCGUCGGGGAACAGUGUGAAACACUAUAAGAUUAGAACGCUGGAUGAUGGCGGCUUCUACAUCAGCACGCGCAUCACAUUCCGUUCCCUGAAGGAGCUGGUCAGCCACUAUGAGAGGCAGACGGAUGGACUGUGCCACUGCCUGACGGUGCCCUGCCAGACCCUACGACCAGAGAAACCAUGGGAGAAGGAUGCCUGGGAGAUCCCUCGUGACUCGCUAACCUUGGAAAAGAAGCUCGGAGCUGGGCAGUUUGGGGACGUUUGGCUGGCCACAUAUAACGCUCACACAAAAGUAGCUGUGAAAACGAUGAAGCCGGGCACCAUGUCCCCCGCUGCCUUCCUCGAAGAGGCCAAUCUGAUGAAGACAUUGCUGCACGAGCGUCUGGUGCGACUGCAUGCCGUGGUGACGCAGGGAGAACCGAUAUACAUCAUUACCGAGUAUAUGCAGAAGGGCAGCUUGCUGGAUUUCCUAAAGAGUCAAGAGGGCAACCAGCAGCCCCUGCCCCAGCUCAUAGAUUUCUCUGCGCAGAUCGCCGAAGGAAUGUGGUACAUUGAGCAGAAGAAUUAUAUUCACCGUGACCUGCGGGCGGCAAAUUGUCUCGUGUCCGCAUCUCUUAGCUGCAAAAUCGCUGAUUUCGGUUUAGCAAGGGUUAUAGAAGACAGUGAAUAUACAGCCAGAGAGGGUGCCAAGUUUCCCAUUAAGUGGACGGCCCCUGAGGCUGCCAGUUACGGUUCCUUCACCAUAAAAUCUGAUGUUUGGUCGUUCGGUAUACUUAUGAUGGAAAUCAUCACCUACGGGAGGACCCCAUACCCAGGCAUGUCAAACGUGGAGGUGAUCACCGCGCUGGAGCGAGGCUACCGCAUGCCGUGUCCUCCGAAUUGUCCUGGCGAGUUCUACAAUGUCAUGCAGCAGUGCUGGCAGCAGAACCCGGAGCAGAGGCCAACGUUCGAGUAUCUACAGAGCGUCUUCGAGGAUUUCUUCACCGCUACUGAAAGCCAGUACCAACAACAGCCUUGACCCGUGGGCAUUAUCGGUGCGGCUGGAAGCUCUGAAGCAUUGAUGGCUCUGACACUCUGAAGACAUCCACAACGGACAAAAUGUUCUUUUCAGACGGUUUCAUGGGGCCCUUAGUCUCGA